AGCGCAAGUUCAACAAAUAUAUUUCUCGUCCUUCAGCCACCAAUAUUUAUCACAGCAUAAUUUUUUACUCAACGUACACAGGAAAAUGACUGCAGCAAGAACAUCUCGCUCUAUUGUUAAGUCUGUUCUCUCAAAGGAACAGGCCGAGGGUGUUGGAGCCCGAGUCCGUCGAUCUAUUGGACGGCCCGAACUCCGUAAUCACGAUCCUUUCCUCAUGCUCGACGAGUUCAAUGUUGACAAGAACGGUGGCUUCCCUGACCACCCUCACCGUGGAUUCGAGACCGUCACUUAUAUGCUUGAGGGUCAGUUCCAGCAUGAAGACUUUGCAGGACACAAAGGGACCAUCGGACCUGGAGACUUGCAAUGGAUGACUGCUGGACGUGGUAUUGUCCAUUCAGAGAUGCCUGUCAAGUCCCAGACCCGUGCUCAUGGACUUCAGCUCUGGAUCAACUUGCCCAAGGAACACAAGAUGUGUGAGCCUCAAUACCAGGAGCUGCUCGAUGGCCAGAUCCCUCGUGCUAAUCCACAGGAAGGAGUGGUGGUGAAGGUGAUUGCAGGCGAGUCACAUGGAGUCAAGAGCAAGGUCUACACUCGCACACCAACAAUGUAUCUCGAUUUCAAGAUGGACAAGAACAAAGCAGUUGAGCAAUCCAUCCCUGCCAACUACACUGGAUUCAUCUACACACUCAAGGGAACCAUUUAUGUAGGUGACAAGGAGUUCAAGGGUGAGGCUCACCACACCCUUACGUUCUCGGAGGACGGAGCCGAAACAGUCAAGAUCACAACCAAGGAUGAGGACGCCCACUUUGUGUUGAUUGCAGGCGAGCCUUUGAAGGAACCCAUUGUUCAACAUGGACCAUUUGUAAUGAACUCACAAAAGGAGAUCUAUGACACGUUUGUAGACUACCAAUUUGGACAGAAUGGCUUUGAGCGUGCUCCCAAUUGGCGUUCAACCAUUGUGUAAAUCAAAAGAUUCUUAUAUCCUACUUUGUAUAGUAACAGCUCCAUAGACAUCUAAUGUGUAUUUUAUAUGGU